GCGCAGAAAAGAAGAAAGGUCUGAAUCCAGUGGCCCGUGCCAGGGGCAGCAAUGGCGGCGGCUGCUGUCGAGCGACAGAUGGCUACGCUUUCUCUAGAAGACAUCGCUGCAGGGGACGUCGACUGGGCACUGGCCUGGGUAGACAGCAUUCUGGCGGGAGAGCGCGGACAUUGCGGCUAUGCGCCUCUUCCCACCAGAAAAGGGCGGUUGAAGGAACUCUCAGUCUGCCCAGAGUUUGCGACACGGGUGUCGAACGCAGGGCCCAGAGAAGCCCAGGGUUAUGUCGGCAGGGGGCUCUUUAAACAGCUUUGCAUGAACAUGAAUGAGUACAGCAGCAACAAUGCACCUGUCCACGUACGGAUUAUCCUGAGUCUCAGCAACCUGAUCAGACUCAUUCAUACGCUCCCCAAUCUGCAAGGUGCAAAGCUUGCCUGGGAUCUAGGCGUCGUGCGCCCCGCAGCAGAGCUGUUCAAAGCGGUCGCGAAGCGGUCGCAGCACAAGCCUUGGCGGGAGCUCAUUUACGACAACUCUCUUGUGGUUUCGGUCAACUUCUUCUCGACCAUGGCCUUGCCGCUCUCAACUUUACACUUGCCGCUGGACGCACAAGCAGACGCAGCAACCAAGCAGGUCGCCACCAAGUUCUACCGGUGGUUCUGCAAAGAGGGGUGCAUGCCGGGGCUGUUGCAGAUACUCAUUUCGGUGUCAAAGGCAGACCUGUCCACAGGUCGCGAGGAUCAGCUUCGGCUCGUCCCGCUUUGGUCGUCGGCUGCAAGUGUGGUGUGUAUCUGCGCCAGACUUGAUCUGCACAGGGAUGAGAUGGUCACCACUCCAGGAGUGCUAGAUGCUGUGGUGCGGGGAACGCUUCUGUAUGAAAGUCAAGGGGAGGGGAUGGCAACACAUAUUGGCCGCUCGUACCUGUGUAUCAUCCAGCAGAUCUGGCUGUACUCAUCCCGUAUCGAAAGCAAUCUGAGCGAGGCCGUUUGUAAACGGGCGAUCCUGCAGCUUGCCAAUCACAAGGACGUCGAAAAGUUGCUGCUCCAUCUAAGAGGCUGCUUGGAGCACCGCAAUGAAGACUGGCGGGGCGCCUGCGCCUGCUUCGUCGAACUGGCGCACAUCCUAACCUUGACCCACCCGCGCACUCUCCCCUCCACCGUCUACGAAUCCUGCUGUGACGUCAUGGCCAACGCGAUUGACUUCCACGUCUACCUCACCGCGCGCACCAUCAUAUCCGCCGCGUUCCACCGGCGCAAGCUCUCCCCCGCGCAGCUGCUGGCGCACCUUUUCCCGGGGCUCGUCCGCGCCUUCAAAAACGAAGCCACGCAGCGAUCGCCGAUCGGGGACCGUACGGAAACCGAGCUCGAGCGCCUGGAAGAUAUGCUCGAGUUCCUGUUCCUCGCUUUUCGGAACAGUUUGGUCGGCAUGGGAACCGACCCCGAUAGCUUAUUGAGUCAGGGCGACGGCGCGGAGGGGACCGAGCUCCCCCCGGGUGACCUCCCCGGGUUAGUUAAACUGAUGGUUGACCGGAAACUGCCCCCGGUGCUCGUGACUCUGCGCGGGUCUCCACACCACGCGUUCGACACGCGCUUGCACCACUUUCUGUGCGUGCUGGCGUCAGCGGGCGCCGGGUGUGCGACACGUGUCAGGCAGAACCUCGCGGAAACGCUCGCGCCGCCGCUGUUGGCCGCCUUGGGAACCGGGAAACCGGUCGUGGCUUCCGUCCGGCUGGACAUUCUGAAAAUGAUUUUGUGGGGGUAUCGAAGAGACGGCCGGCCGCCGAAGUAUUUGGGCGACCGAGUAGAGAAAGGGAGAAGCGGAGUCGUAUACAAUUGGGAGCGCAAUGAGUGGACUUCGUACGGAGUAGGAAGUCGGGCCGCCAGGGACGCGGCUCGUUUAGAAAACUGGUUACGGGAAGGCGGGGUAGGGGGAGGCUCGUUUGGUGUUUUGUGGCCAGAUGAAUCUCCUGUGCGGUCGGGGGAUCCGGUGGGACGCAAUUCGGAGGGCGAAGGGCGGUCGAUUUUGUUAGUGGAUCCGGAAGAGAUUUGUGCGAUGUGCAAGAAGUCCACGAGUGCCGCGAGACGGUGCUCCGGCUGUCGAGGUGUGUUUUAUUGCGGCGUUGCGUGCCAGAAGCAAGACUGGAAACGGCACCGAGCAGACUGUCGAAAGGGAACGGGUGAAGGGUCUUGAACGAGGAAAGUUCUAGAGCACACCGGCAGUAGAGGGUUAUCCUAUUUCUUCUUGCCCUUGUUGAUUGACGGCCACACGUUUGCCAGUCGCAUUCACAGGCGUGCGUUGAUCAAGUCUACGAUAAAGAGCCUGUACGGCUCGUGUACAUUAAAAAGUCUGACCCGAGAGCUGUACUCGAUUCAAUAGUGUUCCGCGUAAGCUAUUGAUUGAUCUGACUCCUGGAUCUGUAUCGUGAACGUUCAACCUUUUGAGUAUCAGUGCGCUUGAAGGCAUGGCCGGAUCGGCG